AGAUCCUGUGAAGAGUCACGCUGCACCGCGCUGCGUGCUCUCGCUUUGUUUUACAUGUUCAGUCCAUGUUCAUAUAAUUUCUGGGCAUAGUUGUUUUAAACAGGUUUAUGAAUGAAUUGUUAUCUUUUUUGAAUAUCUCUGUGAAUGAAUGGCACACACUGAGAUGCCAGGGAAGACUGGAACUGCAGUAUUUCUAGAGCUUAGGAAAAGGCUUCAGACUGGUUUACUUAUCAUAAGAAAAGAUGUCUCUCAAAAUCCUUCUGAGGCUAUUGUUACUGGUGGAGAAUCCACUCUUCAUAUAAAAGCACCUGAAGUCCAGCUAAGCCUGACUUUACCACCAGGGGUCACUUUUGAGCCAGGAUCUGUCAUACCUACAUCAGCUGGAGACCACUGUGAAGAGGAACUGCAUUUCAGGCUGCGCAUUAGUACAGAUCAGUCUAAAGAGGUUUCUGACAAGGUGAUGGAGACACUCCGGGCUAAAGAGACUUAUUGCUUCCACUGCCAGGCCUGCAUGACCAGGCUGCUGGAGGACAGAUUGUUCCAGAGAGUUCUUCCUCUCCCGAAUGGAAAUUGGAAUGCUAUUGUGGAUGACUGGUGUUGCCACCCGGAUCCCUUCGCUAACAAGAAGUUGUUGCCUCGAGCAGAGGACUGUUUACUUGGCGAUACCUUCCUGCUUUUAGCCAGAGAUGGGAGCUGUGAACACACCCUUACUGAGGAAAUAAGCCCAGUUUGUGCAACAGACAGCAAGGAUCCCAAGAAACCAUGCCAUAGGCUCAAAGUCCUCUCAUGUAACAGCUGUUCUUCAGAACUGGGAGAAGCAGUGGCACCAGAGACUUUAAAGUUCUACAUCACACAGGUGGUUGUGGAGCGAUGUGUAGGGGACCGAAGGCGAGAGGAUUUACUUAGUAGAUCUCUUUUCUUGGAGAAAACGGUGGCAGACAAAUUGUGUGAGCUAUCCAACUCUCUGAGCACAUUCCACUUUUCUGUUCAGACCCCUGAUGGAAAGCCUUUUUUGUUGGUCUGGCUUUUGAACAAUGACUCCAUUAUAGCAUCCAUCCCAUGGUCACACAUUGAAAAUGUGAGGUCCUCAUCCUUAGACUCUCUGAGUCCUUCACCCAGUGCAUCAAGAUCCUUGAAACUCCUCUACAUCUCCUGCUCAGACGCUGGCAUCCAGCAGAGAGACACAGUGACGAACUGGGAGGUCAACUCCAUAGGACAUCCACUGGUGCUGCCGAUGAAGGUGUGCGAAGAGCUGCAGCAAUUGUUGGAUGAGAGCAACGCCACACUCCCCACGUCUCUGAGAUGCAUGCAGUCAUAUCAGGUGGCCUAUCUAAGACUGUAUACUCCAAGCUCUCCUUGUGAAGAUGGACCAACAUGUGGAAACGUGCCGUGCGGUUAAGGUGACAGAGACCUGACACUUCUAUUUUCUCAAACUAGAGAGGACUGUUUUGAACAAAUCCCCUUAAGUUUUCCAUUUGUAUUACUUUAUAUUUCAAUCAGAUUUCUAAACUGCUAACUGCUGUAUUAGUAUUCAAGUAGAGCUAAAGCAAGCUGUGGCACCAUGAUUUUGAAAGUCCUGAAAGGAGUUGAGUAGUUUUGACUGUAAACAUUCUGUUCCUCAAUUGUAUUAAUUUUCUGUUCCACACACAUUAAACAGUGCUUUGCUGU